UGAGCACCACACCCCAGAGUCAGACAUGACUGGACUUAAUGUCAGGGGACAACCUUUACCUUAUGUUUAAAGUGUGGUUUUAAUGUUGUACUUGUAAGGUAUUGAAUUUUUGCCAUUAUCCAUGUGUAAACCACUUUGAGUCCCCCUUGGAGUGAGAAAAGCGGUAUAUAAAUGCUGUAAAUAAACAAAUAAUAAAUAAAUCUAGAGCAGAUGUAGUCUAUCCAAUGCAAUUUUCUAAAUCUGCAUCCCAAAUAACCCCAGGAACAGGCCUAAAAACAAAGACACCAAGGCACCACCGUUUCCAGGUGCCACAUGGAAUAGCUGCACACGGAAAGGGAGAAGGAGAAGCUUGUUGUGGCGCUUUUCAUGGAUAGUCAACCUCUCCCCUCCCAACAUCCCCAUUGCCUCAACACUAUAAGAGGGCGUCACGAGACCAAUCAUUGCAAUGAUGUAGUAACAGUGAGGCUUCACACCAUAAUUUAGUUCUUGCGGACUACUGGUCAUCCAUGGACCACAGGUUGGGACCACUGAUCUCCAGUGUUAGAUGCACCAGUGUUUAUUUUAAUGUAUGGAAAGUUGGCUUGAUUUUCCAGGAAGGGCACAAAAGGAGUGAUUCAACCAAUAAUACCAGUCAUGCUACGGAUUUGAGAUCUGCAUGGGAAAUAGGAUUAUAAUUUUGACAUUCUCAGAGGGACGUUGUCUAUGGCUGCUCUCAAGCAUGUGAACAGAAGUUUCGAAUACAGAAGUGAAAUCAGCAUGUGACCACCGGUAGGAUGUGAUUUUGAACUACGAUGGCACUGUUUAUGGGACCCCUGAAUUUCUCCAAACUUGUGUACAUCAGUGUGAUAGCUUCUACUUCAUACAGCUCAGUUGAAGAAAAAAAUCCAUCAUCAUCACUCCAACUGUAUAUGAAAGCAAAGGAUUUUGAAUAUGUGUUAACGUGGAAAACUAGAAAUAAUACAAGGAUGCCGACAUGCUUCAAUGUGAUGUAUUCUUCACCAAGUCUGGAAACAACGUCAAAUUCACCGAAAAAAGACGAGGGACAAGAUGCAUCUUCCAGCAAGUCCAGGUUUCAGCAAAAGGAGGAUCCAGAUCAUCCAGUCCUGCAGCCAGAGGAGCUUCCCGUCUGUCCAUCUAUGCCAGAAAAAAGUGAUUUGCUAAAAAAGUACAGAAUUGUCACAGGAUGUUCCAAUAUCACAAGGCCAUUCUGCAACCUAACAAAAGAAUUUACAGACCCGGAGAUUAUGUACUCUAUUUUAGUGCAGCAAGUCACAGAAAAUGAAGUAACUCAAUCAAUGAUAUAUUUCACUCCCUACUUGAACACAUGCUUGGGCCAGCCUCAGUUUAAUGUUUCAUCUUGUCCAAACUGUGUAAAUGUGAUGGUGGAACUGUCAUCACCCUUACUACCAAAAGUAUACAGGGACAUUCGCUAUACAAUCAAGAUGUCGACACCAGGUUUCCCAGACAAGAGAGAUGACAAUACAAGCAAGCAAGAGAGUUUCAGUGUUGUUAUGGGAAAUUUGCUUCCAAACAGAAAUUAUUGCAUUGCUGUGGAUGUGUCUACAAAUUUAAAUAAACAGUGCAAGCCGUCUUCCUCAAAAUGUAUUAUCACCGAGUCUAAGAAUAAAUCAGAUAAUAUAAUAAGUUCAGUCUUCUCUGCAAUAUUUCUAUCUUUGUUGACGAUAGGCAUUCUGCUGGUGCUCUAUAAAGCCGGUCUUAUCUGCUUAAGGACAGAUUGGCCAAAUUUCUUGAAUAUCAUCCCUAAAUGUGGUUAUUCAGUCUUCGAUUCAGUCCCUGAAGAAGUGCAUAGUGUCAAGGUCACUGAAAAAACUAAGAAAAAGGUAUGGCACUGUGAGGAUGAUGAUGGUGAUGAUGAUUAUAAUGAUGACAGUGGAAGUGAUGUUGAAAACAAUCAUUUAUAUACGGUUCGCAAGCAUUUAAAAAACAGUUCUACUGUAGACAUCGUUGAGCAGCUGUCGAUAGAUAGUUCGUCUUCUCAAAUUGAUACAAGCCAGUCUGGAAUUGCUGAAGCAGUGAUCCUUCAGAAUGAGAUUAACCAAGACAGAAGUACAACAACAGAACAACUUCUUUAUGAUUCUUCUAAAGGGGAUGUUACAAAUGAACCAGAGCUGGAGCUUAGCAGCUGCUUAAAUGUGAACUUAAAUAGUGUAAAGCUAGGAAUAACUAUCGACACUCAGGAUGUUCCUGCAUCACGAGACCCUGAUCAUGAGGAUUCAGCGGAUGUGAAAGAGCCAUGCAUUACCAGUGACUCUGAAUCAACCCAUUUCACUGACAUUCCAAAUGUACAGACUCCCAAUGUCCACAGCCUCUUCUCUACAUGGCAAAAUCCUGGUGGGUCUGAAGAAAGUGAGUCAUCUGGUUCAGAAACAGACUAUGUUGGUGACUAUAUCCAAAGAGGACAGCAAUGAAGAGAAUAUUACCACUUGGCUAGUUUAUUCCAGCUUGUUGGAGAGCUGAAGAGUAUAUUUUCUGUAAUACAUUCAGUAUUAUUCAUUGUGCACAUAAAUGCAGCACCAUCCUGAAUUGCCACAUGUAGCUGAAUUCAGGGUUUCUGUGAGGCACAGGCUAAUCAAUAUCAAGUACAAAAAUAAUGCUAGUUUUGUGUAUAGAUUGAAUAGAAUUAAGUGAAAAAUCAAGUCCCAACAUUUCCAUACAUCUCCCAUUUUCUAAAGGGUAGUUUUAAAAGAUAACCUCCUUUCAGACUGCUCCUCUUGGGGCUUGUCUCCACCAGCCCUUUACCCAGAUGUCAAACCCGAAUGUCCAGGUGACAUCAAGGGACUUCUAGUCCUUUGUGUGGGGUAAACCAAACUGAGCCAGUUUAACCACGCAUUUAGCAAAGUCAGGGACUGCUCCAAAGUUGCACAUAGCCACGGUCUGAAUUGCUUCAGAGUGCUUUCAUUGUGGUUUUGCCAGUCAUCGACAGUGACCUUUGGAAUCUGAGGGAUGCUAUGUUUGUUUAUACUUCAGUUUAUUUGGGAGACUGGAAAGUCCAAUGCCAUUGCUGUUACAAUAUAAAUAGGGCUACUAGUGCAAUUCAGUACUCCUUAGCUACUGCUGCUAUUUCAUAUUUAUGUUUUUCACAAAGUCAAGAUAAAGAAAUUUCCUGCUUCCUUGUCUCAUGUUAUUAGCAGCCUGACUAACUUUUUAUACCACAAAACAUUCUGCCAGCUGAUGAUGUACCACAACCUCCAUCAGAUCUCAUGCCAGGCUGAGUCGAUUCCAGUUGAUGGGUAUUGGAGUUCAGCAGCAUCUGGAGAGCCACCAGUUCCUCACUCCCUCCUUUUAGUCAUUUGAACUGUCAUAGGAGAAGAAACAAAAAUCAACUCUUGCUUUCUUCUUUUCAUCUUGGAAUAAUCUCUGAUAAAUUUCCCAUUUUAGAUAAUCUGAUUUAUAACAGUGGAUUGGAAUAGGUAUUGCCAUUUACUACUUCUUAGACCUAUUCCAAUGUUCUUGUAAUCAAGAACACGAACAAAUUUAAUUCUUCAUAUUGUUGAAAGGCAUCUUAUUUCCCUCAGAAAGUAAGUAAAGACAUAGAGCUCCACAAUUUGCUAGAAUGAAUACCUGCUGUGCCAUAUUAGGACUCAGAGCAUCAUGUGCUCGUUCUAUGAAAUUGUGGAGUUAGCCACAGUGAUCAGAGAACAGCUAUAUGUUAGUGUAUGAUAGUUCAUAACACCCAAAUGUGAAGUUAACAAAGUUAAGCCUACAUACAGAGGUGUUUUUUUAAAAAAAGAAUAAUAAAAUGUCACUUUUAAAACAUAAUAUUUAGGGAAGAAAUGUGUCUAACCCAGGCAUGGGCAAACUUCGGUCCUCCAGGUGUUUUGGACUUCAGCUCCCACUGCUAGGAAUUGUAGGAGUUGAAGUCCAAAACACCUGAAGAGCCAAAAUUUGCCCAUACCUAGUCUAACCUUUCCACCUUUCUUACUUGUACUAAACUGCUCAUACGUCUACAGGCAGAUUCAUAAAUUUUUCCUUUUAAAAAAAAAGCACAAGGCAAUUCGAAUACAUGCAUUUAAUGCAGAAUUAGCUCUUAAUGGUGGGUUUUUUUAGAACUUGGAAAAGGUAUGUCUUUGGCUACAACUCCCAGAAUCCUGUAUCAGCAAAUCUAUUGACCAUGCUGUCUUGACUAUUCUGAUAAUUGUAGGUCUUCCCCAAAGAACUUUAUCUGACUGCACUUCUUUAAUUUAGAAUGAUUUGAUUAUUUAAUAUUGGCAGAAAUUUAUUGAUUGCUCAAUAUGUUUGGCCAAGGCCCAGAAUACUGUACUGUAUUUCUUUAGCUGUACCUCACCCUUAGCAUUUCCCACUUUCCAACUCAUGGCAGCUGUGAUCUCUUUAUGAGGAUUUGAUAUAUUCUGGGGCAGAAUGUAGAAUUUCGCUGGCACUUCCAACCUGUGGCUCUGGACUAUAUCUCCUAGCUUAACAAAAAUGUAGCACAGUUUGCCCUUCAUAUCCACAGGUUCUUCAUCCAUGGAUUUCAUCAACCACAACUCAAAAAUAUUUUUAAUCCAGAAAGCAAACCUUAAUUUUGUUGUUCACAAAGCAGCAUGUUGAAGUGUAGGCACACCUAUAGUCUUCCAUCAUUCUGCAUGCUCUCUCUGGCACUUUUUACUUGUUCUCCAUUUUAUAUAAUGGAUGUCAUUUUACUACAUCAUUAUAUAUAGUGGGACUUGAGUGCACAUACAUUUUGGUAUACAUGGGUGAUGCUAGAACCAAAUCUCUACAGAUACCAAGUGCCCACUGUAUUUGCUAUUACACUCACAUUGAUUUGCAAAAAGCAAUGGGAGAGCUUUUUCGUGCAUGCCUCAUUAAAAUACUACCUUAAAUACUACUCACUAUAAUACUACCUUAAAAUACUACUACACAGCUGUUUACUUAUCCUUUACUGUGAGAAAGGGACUUUUACAUCAAAGAGGAACUUGCUUCCUUGCAACCUCAGAUGUAAUUUCUGAGCAAAUAUUUUAAAACAAUUGCCCACUUCCUCGGGAGUGGAUCUGCUGCUCAGCAGGGUUUUCAGCCUGCUACUGGGAACUGUUGUGUGCCUGCCUUCCGGUCCUUUCCACCAUUUUCUUGGCAUUUUUUUUUUUCCGUUGAGGCUUAUCCUUGCUUAUAUUAUAACCUACACAUCGUCACGAAGUAGGCUUCCAUGGCUGAACAGAGAUUCGAAGCCUGUUCUCCAGAGUCCUAGUCCAAUGCUGAAACCAAUACACAGAACUGGCUUUAAGUCCUUCCCAGGCACAGUAAGAGUUCUUCCACAUAUUUGUUCACAAUUUCCAAAUGGCUUAAGUAAGGGCAAACGAUGUCUGGAUUUUCCCCCCUGUAUUUAUAUAAUGGAACCUGUUACAAUUACCUCAGCCUUGUUUGUACUUUCUUUGCCUUUUAUACAAGCUGUAAAGUAUUUUUUAUAAUUUAAAAUGCAUUAAUAGUGUCUCUGAUUUUGUUGUAUCUUUUUUAUAUCGUCUUUCAUCAAAGAGAUUAUUAAAAUGCCAUUUGAAACAUACUGUUGACUGCAGGACUGACAGGAUGUCAACACGCACAGACAUUCAAAUCUAAUGACUAGAUCUAUCUAGUUUUGUCCAUGGGGUUUUUUUGUCUAGCUUGUGGGGUGGUAUUCACUUUCUUCAGGGGAGGGCUCCUGGUGGCACAGUGGGUUAAACCCUUGUGCCGGCAGGACCCCUGAUCAACAGAUCAGCAGUUCGAAUCCAGCAAGAGCGGGUUUAACUCCCUCUGUCAGCUCCAGCUCCCCAUGUGGAGACAUUGAGGGAAGCCUCCUACAAGAAUGGUAAAACAUCAUAAACAUCCGGGCAUCCCCUGGGAAACAUCCUUGCAGACAGCCAAUGCUCUCACACCAGAAGUGACUUGCAGUUUCUCAGGUCGCUCCUGACACUAAAAAAGGAGGGAGGGCUUGCACUUUGGGGAAUUUGUUGCACAGCAAUGGAUCUUAGCCACGUCCCAUACACAAGACACAAAGACAAGAGUAGAAAUGAACAAAAAAAUAUUUACUCUUAAUAGCAGAGAUGAAAUACAAACUUGCAAUGUUGCAUACAAAAAGCAAACAGGUCAAGAAACUUACACAGUCUUUGUAAGUAACACAAAAUAAGGCAUCUUCAUCUUAAGUCAAAUGACAGAGAAAACAUAAAUCUUGAGUAAACAGCUAUUCCACCAUAGCCUCUCUUAGAGCAGCAUAACAGUCUCUCUCCAACCUGCUCCUCAGAGCAGAGCCUUUGAGCAUAGAUCUCCACAGAUAAAAAGCUCUCCAGAACUGUAUUCUUAAAACCCAUACAGUUACACCCUAUCAGGUGUGAUCCAAGAUUUCUGGUUGACCUACAUUACCAGCUGCACAUAAUAAUUACCAUCAUAGGGUUUUUCCUCAACACACACACACUUGGUCCUGCUACAACUUACUGUAACAGAAUUGUCAUUGGAGGCCCAAGUAGAUCAAAAUGCCUUUAUUCAGCUUUGGCUGAUUCAUCAGCCCUGUCCUUUCUUGGCUAGAGGGACUUAUCCAUUAUUGUGUUGACUCUGCAAAUUUCAUUUUGCCCCAAAUAAUACUGCAAGGUAGUUUUUCCAUUCACAGAUGCUUUGAUGAAUAAUACUAGAACUUAAUCAACUUUCUUGAGUCAGAUUUAAGCUGCUAGUCUUAAACUGGCUCCAAAGUGUUUUAAUUAAUAAAUAAAUAAAAUAAUAAUAUAUUAUUGUUUCUUACUUGCCUUUCAUUAAGGCUUGAGGCAGAGUAAAACAUUCCCUUAUAUUUCUAAUCCCCCCGUAAUGUCACUGCCAGAAGAACUUCUCUGAGUACUACAGAUGUACAAGUCAGUGGCUAUAAAAAAGAACACUGUCUUCAAUGUUUCCUUCCCAAAUAGAGCAUUGCCUUUCCUACAGAGACUUGCCCGGUGCCUGCUUUGGAUUUUCCCAGCCAUUUUGGGACUUUUCAGGAACUCUUUGGUCAAUUUUGACAUUUCAAUUUUUUUAAAGUGUGAAAACCUCACUUGGCUUAAUUGUGUGACUUAAACUUGUAUUAUCCGUUUUAUACUGUCAUGUUUUAAUCGUUGGUGUUUUGAUUUAACCACUUUUUAUGUAUAUUGCCAGAGAACGUAACUAAUGGAGUACAAAUAUAAUAAAGAAAUUAUUUUACAAAUA